AUGCCUAGCAAGAAACGAGGCUCGCGCAAGCACAGGGAAUCCCACCGAGACGAAUCACCGCGCGGACGAGGAGAAGCGCGCAAUGGCGACAGCGGCUUAACGAAUGCGGAGGCGGGGGAAGGCGGAGUGUGCGGAAGCGCAAGCAGCGCUAGCAGCGCGAGCAGCGCAGGGUCGAAGACGCGGAAAGUGGCAGUGGCACGAAUAGUGGCGGCGUUUUACCCAAAGUUCGAGAACGAAUCUGCGGAUGGCGAGGUCCGCGGGGAGAUAGAGAGGCUUGUCGGCAAUGGCGUUGGCGUUCUCGAGGUUUCAGUGAAGCACAGCGGCUCUCUCUUUCUGUGGGCGGGGGCGAGGAGAGGCGCGUAUGCUAAGAACUCCUACGGCAACGAGUACUCAGCAGUGGGCGUGUGGGUGCUGGGAGAAACUCUGCGCAACGCGUGGGGGGAGGGCGUGGUGCGGCAGAAGGAGAGGGAGCUGAGCGAGUACCUGGAGGUCAGUGGGUCCCGGGGGCAAUGGGGGAGGCAGCGCAGUAAGUGGUUGCUGCAUCUGUUCUCGACUCGCCUUACGAGUCACUUCGUGGGGGGAGGGCGUGGUGCGGCAGAAGCAGAGGGAGCUGAGCGAGUACCUGGAGAGGCAUCGCAUGGCAGUGGGUAUGGAGCUGGUCACGGCAGUGCUGGGAGACCACGGGCAGAGACCCCUGCAAGAUUAUGGGAAUCAUGUGCACAGCUGUUUGCAGCGUACAAUGCACUGAGCGAGGAGGGCACGGCGCACACUGUUGAGGACACCCUCACCAGCAUCGCAGACGUCACCAUUGCAGGCACAGCAUCGCAUGGGAAGCUUCAGGGAAACAUCAUGGAGGGGCUGGUGGCGAGGCUGGUGAGCCCCAGGAGUUUGCAGCAAGUCAGCGAGCUUAAGGCGGUGCUGAGGGCUGGCCCGGCGGCCAGCUAUCCGGUGGGAGCAGGCACGCGACUGAGAGAGCUCUUCACUCAACACGACUCCAUGCGCGAGGUCAGUGAGGCUGGGGCAAUGCAGGGGAUACUGCAUUUUGUCAGUCGCUCCACAGCGCAUCGCCCAUCUGGUGGAGGAGGCAGGAGACGCCAUGUGCAGCGAAGGGCACUUGGGGGAGGGCGUGGCGGGGGGUAUGGGAGUAGAGGCGAGUCGACUUUUGAGUCGACUCAAAAGUCGACUUUUGAGUCGACUCAAAAGGGGGAGGGCGUGGCGGGGGCGCCCCUCUCUCACCAUCUAAUUACCGUUCACGCCUUCCAAGACGCAGCCUUCCGCAGAUACCAGCAACUGAUGCGCAAGGACCCUAGUCUGUGGCCGCUCUACCGGGGGUUCUUCCUGGAAGCUGCGGUCGUGGAGAUGGACAAGGGCACGGGGAAGCAGUUGGUAGCUGCAACGGCUGAUGCCGCCGCUGCUGCUGGUAAUGAUGAUGAUGAUGAAGUGCGAAGCGGGCGGAAGGAGAAUGCCAAGGAUCUGAGACAGGAGGAGAGUGUGGAGAGCAAGGGCAGGGAGGAGGAGGAGGAGGAGGGGGAGGAGGAGGGCGGGGAUAGGAAGCAGGUGCCGCAUGUGAUGCUGAAGAUGAAGUUCCUACCGUACAAGCUAAGGACGUUUCUAAUACGCAAUGGACUCGGCACGCUGCUGAAGAAAGGGCGCCAUGAGUACAUGGCGUAUGCUACCAGGCUGCUCAAGGUAUGGGGCACGUCCCCUGCUGCCACUCACGAGAUGACCGCGCUCUGCCGAGCAUGUAAGCUGUCCACUGCCUUAUACCUCCUCCUUCCUCACAUCCCGCCUCCAUUCCGCUCUCCUCCCCCUGUCCCUCCCAGGGCGGACUAUGUGCUAGGUCCACCCUCGUCCCCCCACCCUCCCAAGUCCGUCUCAUCCAACUCCUACCUCGACUAUGCCGAAUCCUUUCUUGCUGCCUACGCCAAGAGGGGCGCAGCACAGGCCAAGGCAGUGGGGGCCGCAUGGGACGGGGAAGCAGGGGAAGGGAGUGAGGGGAAGAGAGGGGACGGGGGUGAGGGGAUGCGGGGGGAGGAGAGUGGAGGGGAGGGAGGGGGAGCGGAGGGGAGGGGGAAGCAGGGCAAGGGGCUGCUGGUGUUCUUCCCGGGGAUCCCUGGGUGUGCCAAAUCCGCUCUCUCUGAAGCCCUUAUGCAGAUGAUGGGUAGAGGCAGUGGGGCCGGUGGAGGCAGUGAUUCAGCUGAGCAGGCAUGGACUGGCAGGGAGGGCGAGUCGUCUGCGCAGGGAGCGAGAGACGGGGGGGAUGCUUCAGCGGACCCUGUUGUAGGAGCAGAGGCAGGGGCGGUAGAGGAGGAGGAUGGGUGGCAGGAGGUGACGAGAGGGAAGGGCAAGGGGAAGAAAGGUGGGAGAGGUGGCGGGGAGAAAGGACCGGGGGCAGGAGGGGGAGGUGGAGGAGAAAGGGGAGGAAGGAGAGGGGAGAGAGCGACAGGGGGUGAGGGAGGAAGCAAGGAGGGAGGGAAGGGAAGAGGGGAGGUGGAGGAGGGUGGAGGGCCGUUGGGGGAUGGGAGGGAAUGCUUGCACAUUAUGGGCGACAAGACAAUCGGCAAGUACUGGAAGGUGUUGGGGGCGCGCAUGAGGAAGGAGAGGGGGGCGAGGGUGAACGUGCUGGCGGAUAAGAAUGCGCCCAACGAGGACGUGUGGAACCAGAUAGAAGCCAUUUGCCACGACACAGGGCUGCUAGGCGCGCCUGUUGUGCCUGCCUCGCUCGGCACACUGCACAACGCUUUCGACUGGCGAGUGCUGGCCGUGUUUCUGUUCCGCGUGAUUCAGCGCACCAACCACCCUGGCGAUUUGGAUGCCAGCUCACCAGCUCCAGGGCAAGUGGUGCUCAACUUCCAUUCGCUCUACGGCAGACAUAACCGGGAGGACUUUGAGGCGGAGCUGAAGCAGCGCUUUGGUGUGCUCGUGACCAUGCCUGUUGUCAAACCUGACUCCCCUCCACUACCAGACGAGAUAGCUGGCGUCAUCAAGUCAGGGCACAAGCUGCGGGAAACCAUAUGGAAGCGACAUAAAAGCAAGGAGCCUCUGAAAACGCCAAUGGCAGAGGAGGUGUUGGAGUGGGAGGGGGAGUUGAGAGCGGUGCUGCACAAGCAUGCCCACUACCUCACAUCCAUCCAGCUGCCUCUUGACCAAGUGGUCGCUACAGUCCAAAACCAGCUCCACCAGAUCGCUACAGGACAAAUCCGGCCACUGGUCACCACCAAGACGAGCUUCCGCAGCAUUCGCCUGGCAGCGGUGGUGAUUGAUCCCGCUGCUGAUGUGGCACCGGGCGGCGCUGACGUGGCAACAAGUGGGCGACAGCUAUUGCAGACGUUGGAAGAGCUGGCGAGAUCUGAUUCGUCGGUGGCAGAGUUCUGGAAAACGGCAGAAGGGCCUCUGAGAAAGAAACUGGACGUGGGUACCAGUGGUGCUGCUGUCGCUGCUGGUGGUGCUAGUGGCGCUGGUGGUGGUGGGGGGUUGGGGUGGCUGCAUGUGACUCUGGCCCACAAGAAGGAGCAGGGCGUGCCGGCAGUGGUGGGGUAUGCUCCCAUGGAGGGGCGUGCAGUGACGGUGCUGGCAACGGCGCUGCUGUUUGAUCAACAUGUGGCUGCACUCGCCGUGGAGCUGAGGGAAGGGGAGGAGGGGGAGGCGGUUCGCUCGCUUAAUCCGUUUGCGCACGUCACUUUCUCCUUUACCAAUUUGAUCACUACGAUACGAGUCCCCUUUCUCACCCAGUACCAUUUCUUUUUCUCAAACCCGUGCAAGCAGUUAUGGCAGGCGGAAGGGGCAAAGGCCGUUCAAUCGCUGGACCUGCCCAGUGCAGUAGAGCGAGGGGAGGCCACGCUGCGGCUCAUGAUGUACUGCUUUGGGGAUGAUCCCGAGGUGAGCCCUGGCUCUGUCGGUGAUGGUAGUCCCGAGCCCCUGCCAGAGUCAGUGGGGCUGGUGGGGGAGAUGGUCACACACACCCUCGCACUCCCGCAUCUCUCUCUAACCCCCCUCACCACAAUCAUUUACGUGCCCUCACGUGUCACACCAGCCCCUGGCGGAAUCGGUGGAGCUAGUGGAGGAGAUAGUGAUCGACCCCUACCCGAGUCAGUGGAGCUAGUGGAGGAGAUAGUGAUCGAGUACAUCACUGACCUCGUGCAUCGGGCUCAGGAGGUGGCAGCCAGGCGAGGCCGCCUCACCACAGAAGACGACCCACGCAAGUUUGCAAGAGCCAGGGAGUUACUGGCAAUGAACGUGGAGCUGAAAGAAGCAAGAAAGGCAUUCCAAGAGGAGCAAUAA